GUGUCUCAGAAGCUGUGCUCCAUUCAGAGCCCAAGGACUUACAGCUUUCCUCUGCUGCCUCCCUGUGCCAACAACCCCCCAAAAGUUGUGAUGCUUUUCUUUACUCAGUGCUUUGGGGCUGUGUUGGAUCUCAUUCACCUCCGGUUUCAGCACUACAAGGCUAAACGGGUUUUCUCUGCCGCUGGCCAACUUGUCUGUGUGGUCAACCCCACGCACAACCUAAAGUAUGUAUCCAGUAGGCGGGCCAUCACUCAGAACUCCUCUGAGCAAGGUACCUUCCACCAGCACCAUCUUCCCCACCAUCAUCGCCACCGCUGUCACCAUAGCCAUCUGUGCCACCAUGCCCGUCCCCAACACCUCCACCACCAGGAGGCAGGGCUGCACAGUGCUCAGGUGACACCCUGCAUAUGCCCACUGUUCUCCUGCCAGUGGGAAGGCCACCUGGAGGUGGUGGUUCCUCACCUGCGACAGAUCCACAGAAUUGACAUCCUGCAGGGGGCAGAAAUAGUCUUCCUAGCUAUGGACAUGCACCUUCCCGCACCAGCCGACUGGAUCAUCAUGCACUCCUGCCUGGGCCACCACUUCCUGCUGGUGCUCAGGAAACAGGAACGGCACGAAGGGCACCCGCAGUUCUUUGCUACCAUGAUGCUGAUUGGGACCCCGACCCAGGCCGACUGCUUCACCUAUCGCCUGGAGCUCAAUAGAAACCACAGGCGUCUCAAAUGGGAGGCCACCCCGAGAUCUGUCCUGGAGUGUGUGGACUCAGUCAUCACCGAUGGGGACUGCCUGGUUCUCAACACCUCACUGGCCCAGCUCUUCUCUGACAACGGCAGCCUCGCCAUUGGAAUCGCCAUCACUGCCACGGAGGUCCACGCCACAGAUGCUGAGAUGUGAGAGCCGGGAGCCUCCAGAUGGUCACAUGUCCGUGCGCCUUG